GGACAACGACCUUUAACCAGAGAACAGGAAAUGUAGUUCAUGCGAAGAGAAUUUAUCGCACAGACUACUGCAUCUGGGCUCUGUCAAACUACAUUUCCUAAACAACUUUUCGCGCAAUGUUUACAAAAUUACGCUCUGACCUUCUUUUAGGUGAUUGGAUCAGACUGAGAAAGAGGCCCGGCUCUGGUUGGCUAAUCUUCCUUUCAUUUCAACACCAGCGUUUGCCUCGGAGCGAGCUCUAGGGGUUUCAGACAGGUGUGAUGGACGUUAUAACGUUGGUACUGUUUCUGGUUGUCUUGGCUAUUUCAGCGCAUCUUUUAUUUGCGGGUAAUUAUCCAAAUGCUCCACCAUGCAUAAAAGGAUGGAUCCCCUGGUUUGGUGUGGCAUUCGAGUUUGGGAAAUCUCCGCUGACUUUCAUAUCUCAAGCCAGAGAUAAGUAUGGACCUGUCUUCACUGUUGUUGCCGCUGGCAAGCGAUUGACCUUUGUGACCCUUCAUGAAGACUUUCGCACAUUUUUCAUGUCCAAAGAUGUGGAUUUUGAGCAGGCAGUCCAACAGCCUGUCCAUAACACAGCUUCCAUCAGCAAGGAGAGUUUCUAUAAGUUCCACCCAGCAUGCAACACUCUGAUCAAGGGCCGUCUGGCCCCAGGCAAUGUGGCUCAGCUGACUGACCACUUGUGUGAAGAGUUCAACUACCACCUAGAGACGCUGGGGGACCAGGGCUCUGGAGGACUCAAUGAGCUGGUCAGGGCCGUAAUGUACCCUGCUGUGAUGAGUAACCUACUGGGGGAGUAUAACUCUCCAGGAAGUCCCUUUACCAUGGAGCAGUUCAAGGAGAAGUUUGCCAUCUACGACGAGGGCUUUGAGUAUGGCUCCCAGCUACCAGACGUGUUCCUCAGGGAAUGGGCCAGUUCCAAAUGCUGGCUUCUGUCUCUAUUGGGGAACAUGGUGGUCAAAGCAGAGGAUGAUGAGACAUCCAGUGAAUCAGGCAACAGGACGUUACUGCAACACCUUGUCACCUUAAUCACAGAUAAAUUCCUGCCCAACUAUGGAUUACUGAUGUUAUGGGCAUCGCUUGCCAAUGCAAUUCCAAUUACCUUCUGGGCUGUAGCCUUCAUCUUGUCCAAUCCCACAGUUUACCAGACAGCCAUGGAGCAGAUCAAUGCAGCACUCAAAGACCAAGACACCAGGAAGACCAAGGUGACCGCUGAAGAGCUGCAACAGAUGCCCUAUGUGAAGUGGUGCAUCCUGGAAGCCAUCCGGCUUCGGGCCCCUGGAGCCAUCACACGCAGGGUGGUCCGUCCCCUCAUGAUACAGAACUACAUCAUUCCACCAGGGGACUUGUUAAUGGUGUCUCCUUACUGGGCCCAUCGGAACCCACAGUACUUCCCUGAACCAGAAGAGUUCAAACCGGAACGAUGGGAUAAGGCAGAUUUAGUAAAGAAUGUCUUCUUGGAAGGGUUUGUGGCAUUUGGAGGAGGCCGAAACCAGUGCCCAGGAAGGUGGUAUGCCCUUAUGGAACUCCACAUGUUUGCUGCCUUGAUUCUCUUCAAGUAUGAUGUCACUCUCAUGGACCCGUUGCCUAAACCUAGCAAUCUCCAUCUGGUAGGGACCCAGCAGCCUGAGACUCCCUGCACAGUGCAGUACAGACACCGAUAGAGUUGACCUGCCCUGCCCAGCAAUGCCACACAAGGGCACUGUGCUCUACAAUCCUGCCCAAACACCUGCCAAAUAGUUUUUUAUCCAUGGAGCUAACUUAAAAGUUCUAUUUUAAAGAACUUAUCUAGAACUUAUAUAAUGAUACUACAUCUGAAAAUGCAGGGGAUGGUGGAACCGUCUUCAAAUGAUUUGGUCUUUCCCUUUUAUUAUUUUCACCCCACCAAGAGUGUUUCUAACCGUACGUACCCUAACCUGCCCAGUCCAACACCUGAUUAUGGAUUUGUACAGACAUUGAUCAGUAUUUUGUGAUGUAAUAGAAUAUAAUCCGAUAGAUACUGACCCUUACAGAAAAUAUUCACUGCACGUGGCAUCAGUAUGAGACCUGUGUUGUAUUUAUGACCUGUAUUGUAUUUAUGCACUGUUAUUACUAUGUACUUAUAUACGGCAUCAUACCUCACUUCAUGAAUACAGUCUGAGGUUGCUUUGCUUUAAUAUAGGCCUACUAGAUCUGGGUUGUCUUAAUAAAGGGUUCAAUAAAAAAUAAAGGCAGUGAUAUUUUUACACCAUAUAAUGUAGCCUUAAGUUUGUCCCUUAAUUCUACUGGUAUAGACCAUCUCAAGGCCAGCCUGCUCUUAGAUGCCCAAAACAAAUACCAACUAUUCUGAAGUGUGAAAUCCGCGUGCACGCAUAUUGAUGCAAUUGUAGCCUAGUACAAAGGAAUGUUGAUCGAUCGGCCCCUGAGAUUGCCAGUGAUGGCCGUUAGGGUACAGUGGUCUAUUUGAAUAGGUAUGGAUCGCCCGGUCACAGGUUUAGACUUGUUUACAAGAGGAAAUAUGUCUGCCUAAUGAAAUGGUCUUAUUGAUGUGAGAGAACAGUGCUGAAGAUAAGAGGUUGAUUAAGGUUAGAAAGUUAGGCUACUGGACACACUUGAAUGUUUUAUGUGACCGACCAUAAUGUUUUUAUUUUAUUUUUAUGAAUCAAUUAUUGAUAGCCUGUGUUCAUUCAUGCACUCAUUAAAUGCACUGACAGUCGUUGGUUAUGCAUUUCAAAAUGGUGAUGAAUCAUUACCAAUAGGCCUAGAAUAGCAUAGGCCAACAACUUAAUGCAUGGCAACUGUUUCACCUGUCAGUGUUCAAUGAAUAAAAAGGCUAAAAUAUU